AUGGAUUACGAUUACAGGAAUAGGACGGGUCCCGUGAACAGGCCGGCGCCGGCCUCCUCCUUUUAUCCCCGAAUUUCUCCGCAGCCAGGGCAGCAAGUUCCUGUACCCGCUGGCCGAGCAACGUAUCCCCAUCCUGCUGCGGCUCCGCUCUGUGCGUUCUUCAUUCUGUCGUCGUAUGCUUUACUGUUUUGAAUUCAUUUAUUUUUGUGCCGUCGCACUGAGGGAGAUGCGCCGAUCAGAUAUGCUUGCUUGAGCUGCGGGGAUUUGAGCCGCAUUAGGUUUUUUUUUUCUUUUUUCUGUGCGGAUUUCUUUUCGCUUGGAGUUUCUCGCAUGGAAAGACACAAUUGUGUUGCACAUAUUCCGUAUAAGCCUUUCGGUGUCGGAGGUUUGUUUUCACUGUUAUUUUUUUCCAAAAUUUUAGUACACAUAAAAACAUCGACACCUCCUCUCCCGGAGCACUUGAAUUUCUUUCCCCCCUCCGGGAUCUCUUGAAUUCCUCCAUGAACAAUAUUCGAUUUCCUAAUGGAGAAUUUUCAUGGAACUUAAAGCGUCACUUCGUAUGGAAGAGUUAAUAAUAAGCCACAACCAUUGUGCUGCAAUGGAACUAAGAAUCUGUCAAUUACUUUAUCUGGGAAGGUGUCCUGAUAACGUCGAAAGUUGAUUCUUGAAUUUAAACAUACUGCCGGCAUUCGGUUUUAUUCAGAACAUUCACAUUUGUAUGGCUUGUGGAAACUUUUCGCUUUCAUUUGUUGUAGUGUAAGCUGAAAAAUGGCUAUUGAGCAGAAAACUUCUUUAGGCAACAACUCAUUGCGGUAGAAGCUAUGCAUUAGUUGAGCUCUUAAGAACGGGGAGAGAUAGGAAAUAAAACAUUAGGAUAAAAAGUAGAACAUAGUGCUUAGUGUCGAUUUCGGACUUGAUUGGCUUGGUUUCUUCCCUAAAUGUCCCAUGCUAAAAUCCACCUUUCCAUGUAAUAUUUUACACUCAUACUUAGAUAUCUUGGUCCAACAAAUUUGUGUGGGGAUGGUUGUGUGGGUGUUGAAACAUUGCUCUUGAAUAACUUACCCCUCGAGUGUGGCCGUUCUGGGUGGGGUAGACGGUAAUCUAUUUGUAUAUCUGAGUUGUGAUGCUCCGUUCUUUGAAAAUUUUGAAUCUGAUUCAUUAUAUUACACUUUGUGGUUUUCUCGCUUUUUCACUUCACAAAAUCCUGGUAGAAACCCCUGUGCAGUAGUAUGAGACCGAUGAGGUGUUGCAACAUUAUUUUUGCAGUUUUCUGUGAAAUUUUUCCUUUGUGAUAUUAUCUUUUCUGCGAGCUAUGGGUUAUGUGUAGUUUGUUUCAAACUUUGAAGUAUUAUCGUGAUAAAUUGUUGAUGCUUACGACAUUCUCUUUUUCACUUUAUGAAGAUUGAAUUUACAUUAUUUUGAGCAUGCAUAAGGUUUUCUUACGAAAUGUCAGAAUUUAGUUUAUUGAAAUGAAGUAGAGAUUACAUCAUCUUUCUUUAACUUUCGAUGCUUUAAGUCUGUAAUGGAACACGGGCUUUGAUUUUAUGUACUUUCUGAUGUCUAAUUCAUGUUGUAACGAUCUAGUAGUAUGACCUAUCCAUUCAAAAAAUGAUUUGGAAAUUAAGAUUAUAGUUAAACUGAGUUGCUGUCUCCUUGUUAGGGGGCUUUUCACCAUCUUAAAAUUUAAGGUUACGGCCUCGCAAUUGAAUUCACUCUUAAAUAUUUCGUGUAUUUCUAAUAAAUUGACCUUGCUCUACUUUCUUCAGCGGGAUCGGGCACUAUAAGGGUCAUGCUAAAGCCAGAAUACCGGAUAACACCACCGGUGAGACUUAUAUAUUGCUUGCUUUGCUCUUCGCAUGGGAUAUUUGUUUUGAACAUUUUUGCGCGAUUUAUUUACUCAAGGAACGUCUUAUUCAUCUGUUUUUUUUUGGUUGAAUCGCCAAAUUUUUGUGUUAAUUGCAUGAAAGCUCCCGCAUUCUUGUUUCUUAUGGACAUGUAAGUAAACAGCCGUAUGCAGAACAUGACACACACUUCUUUCUUCCAUAGUAUACAGGCAGCAGACAUGCUACACGACACUAUGUUCUUUCUCACUGUGUAGAAGAGCAUACGUCAGCCAAGGCUGAGAUGAACGGUGAUUUGAGAAGAAGCACGUGGUUGACCUUUAUUCCUGGGUAUUUAGUGGCUAAGAUUGAGGGUUGUGGCAGAAUGAUAACUGGAAAUAAUUAUAAGAUAUAGCCAUUCUAAACAACGAUUAAAAUCAAUUUAAAGUGACUAUUGGGAUACGUUUGAAUGUCUAGGUCUCUUAACAGGCCAAAUGAUCUGCCUGCUUGGACUGGUCACCGUUAACUUUCAACAUGAGCUAAUAGCAGUUGGCUGAACUUAAGCCAUUAAAUCCUAGAGUGAGUUGGACGACGUCGUGUUAAUUUUUUAGCCUGCGAAAUGCUGUUAAACUGUCGUUUGGUAGGGUGUUAUGAACUCCUUCACUUUCUGAGAGUUAAAGAGGACCCUUGCUUUUGCUAUUCUGACCCUAAUGACACUGUGAAGCUUUAUACCAAGAACUCUUCUCCACCAUAUUGUUUCUGGAUUACUGGUAUCUGUGUUUCAAUGGUGGGAUAUUGGGUUGCAUACCCUUUGUCAUUUGUGUGUUUUCAGUAGUUUCAACAGUGAUCUUGGGGAGAGCAGCGGAAAUAGCCAAACUCUUUCACUCCAUGGGUUGAUUUGCCGACGUAGAUUGCCAUCCUUUCUGUUUCUGAGUCUGGGAAGUAUAUCCAAAAUUAAUGGGGGUUUUGACCGAGAAACUCUCGUCCUUUCUGCGCGUGGAUUUUCUUUUAGAGUUUGCUCAAAACCUCACUUUUAAUGCUGACCACCUGAAAUUCUGACUCGGGAACGUGAAUUUCACUCGUCAGCCUCAACUUGCUCCACAAGUGACAGAAGUUCCUCGCAGCCACUUCAGCUUUGACUUCGAUUUCGAAAGAAGAAUCCUAGCUGAGGCCGAGAAAGGCAGCCAAAACUGGAGCCGAAUAGUGCCAGAAAAUCAGCCUAAUUUUUCAGCUUCAGCAUCUUCUGCGGUACAAUGCCCCUGCAAACUUUAUUUAUAUGCCCGAUUUCCACAUUAUCAUAUAAAUUGCAUGCUUGAUGGAUAUAUGAUUCAUAACGCUUCCUUCAUAACUAUGCACCCGCUCAUUCUCCCCAGGCCCCAGCUGGAGAUCCGGCUGUCGAGAAGUAUGUGGCAAUGGGACUUGGCCGCGAGGCCGCCACGCUCGCCGUGGCCAAUUUCGGAGAUGACGCAAUCAAGGUAAUCACCUCCAGCUCCAGCCCUGUCACCACCGAAGCCUUCUGAUGGCGGCGACCCUCCUCUCCUAAAAGCCCAGAGCUUGGUGGGUUGUAAUCCGAUCUCCCUCCUCACUUUCAGGUCCGGGAGUUUGUGAAGGGCUACAAUCUUCUCCGCGAGAUGGGCUUCGCCUCCAAGAACGUGGCCGAAGCGCUGGCCAUGUACGACAAUGAUACGGACCAGGCGCUGGCCCACUUCCUCAAUAGCUCCUCCUGA